CCUGUGAAAGAAAUCCCAGAAAUUCAGCUUUCGCCGCAACACAUCACAACCACACACCAUGUCUCGACUUGGGAACCGCGCCGACUGGGCCGACGACGAGGAGUUUGACGACCCCUCCGCGCUCCCCGCGCAAGAAGUGAUCACCAACAAAGAUGGCACCAAGACCGUUAUCUCCUACCGCUUCAACGAUGACAACAAGAAAGUGAAGGUUACCCGCCGCAUCAAGACCACCACCGUUCGCGAACACGUCAACCCCCAGGUCGCAGAGCGCCGGUCGUGGCCCAAGUUCGGGACACCCCCCGGCCCUACUUUCGAUACUACCUCCGUUGGCGAGAACAUGAUUUUCCGUCCCAGCAUCAACUGGAAGGCACAGGCUAAGGAGGCUGAGAAGGAUGGCGGCGAGAAGGGCAGCAUGAAGGACCAGCUCAAGGACAAGAAGGUCAAGUGUCGUAUUUGUUCCGGAGAGCACUUCACAGCCCGCUGUCCCUUCAAGGAUACUAUGGCUCCCGUCGAGGAGGCUUCUGGUGGUGCCGGUGUGGAUGCGGACGACAAGGAGGCUGGCGGUCUCGGUGCGGGCAAGUCCAGCUACGUGCCUCCUCACAUGCGGAAUGGCGGUGCUGCUGGCGGCGAGAAGAUGGGUGGACGUUUCGAGAAGGACGACCUUGCGACUCUGCGUGUUACAAACGUCAGCGAGUUGGCAGAGGAACAAGAGUUGCGGGAUCUCUUCGAGCGGUUCGGUCGUGUUACCAGAGUUUUCCUUGCCCGGGACAGAGAGACCCAGCGGGCCAAGGGCUUUGCUUUCAUCAGCUACGCGGAUCGGGGCGACGCCGCGGGCGCCUGCGAGAAACUGGACGGCUUCGGUUACCGCCAUCUCAUUCUUCACGUCGAGUUCGCCAAGCGGUCUACUUAAAAUCGUUUCUCGCUUUGUCACGACAUUUCUUCUUUCCCCUUUUUCUUUUCAGGCGAGCCUAAUUAUCGGCUGAUGCUCUUCUCUUUUGUACUGUAUGAUCGAUAAUGAUGAUUUUCGAAAAAGACAACCACCAUGUCAUUUACAUGCAUCAGUCUAUACAAAAGCAAUGGUUUAGAAGAGUUUUGCAUGAUUGCUAUGUUUAGAUUGCUACAGCCCAGGCUGUGGCAGCAGAUCCGUUUCCAAUGUUCAGCUGUCUAUCCAGACUCCGAG